CAAGUGAUCAUUGGUUUUUUAUACAAGCGUGAAAUACUUGGCGGCAGUAAUCUAACGGCUUUAAUUCGUGAAGCAACCGGCCCAUGCAUUCGAAUAGCCGAAACACUUGAAGUUCUACUUUGGCGUUUACAGAGGCUGUUCUUUCUAAACGGUGAGCAGGAGUUCCAUGUUUUUCUUCUUGUGGAUAUUGGAAGGAUCAAGUAUCCAAGCUAUAGGUGCACUAGAACAAUGCCAGUCUUUGCUUCUCGAGAGGACUUUCUGGCGUAUGAGCAGGCAUUGCAAUUGGCUCAGGUGGUUGACAUGUCCCUGGAAGCUGGUAAUUCUGAGGCUGUAAACUCCUCUUUUCGAAAAGCAAGGACUACACUCGAAUUGAUCAAUGCACACACCGAGAUCAAGCAUCCAUUUUUAGCACGAUUUUCAGCUGCAUGGGUGUAUGCAACAAUCUGUACUGUGGCUGCAUCUUUUCUGGAGAAAGAACGCAGAUACGCUGAAGCUGUAAACCUCUUCAAGCAGGUCCUUAGCAUGCAGUAUUGUCCUGGACGGAGAGGAUACUGGACUCUCCGGCUAUCUAUUGACUUGGAGCACUUACAGCGUUUAGAAGAGAGCCUGCUCGUUGCAGAAAACGGAUUAAACGAUUUCAACGUCCGAGGAGGGGAUCGUAUCGCUUUGCAACGGAGGGUUCUCCGACUAGGAAAACCUCCUAGAAGGUGGAAAGUACCUCCAUAUGGAGCGCUUUUAAAGAAAAAACACAAAGUGGUGACGAUUAUGGGAAGGCCGCCAAACAAUGCCAAUGGAAUGAAGAGCAGAUUUUAUGGCUACGAUGGGCAACAAUGCAGUGUGGAGGACCUGGCACUUCAAUACUAUGCCGGAGAAGAUGGAGGCGGCUGGAAAGGAGUCCAUUCAGAAAGUGGCAUAUGGCUGACAUUGUUCGGGCUGUUCAUGUGGGAUGUUAUCUUUUCAGACGUUCCAGAUGUCUUCCAGACACCUUUUCAGACUGCACCAUUGGACUUGUGCACGGAUUCUUUCUAUCCAGUCCGAAGCUCGCUUAUUGAAUCUCGUCUUCAAGCCAUACGCGAUGGCAGAGCUAGGCAACUCGUGGCUGAGACUUGGGCAGAGCACUACGGGACAUCAUGUAGCGGGGUAAACUGGGAGAAGUACUCGCUUGAAGACCUUCAAACAAUAACGGUCUGUAUCGGAGGUCCAGGAUUGUCGGCGAUUUGCAAGCUUCUUGCAGAAGACCACAGUAACUGGACGGCUGGAAUGCCUGAUCUUCUGCUGUGGAAGGAGAAAGAGGCAAAGCUGGCGGAAGUCAAGGGUCCAGGGGAUCGCUUGUCCGAGCAACAGGUGGCCUGGUUUCUUAUUCUCUCGGACGCUAAUGUUCCAGUGGAACUUUGCCAGGUCUCCAAGACGAUGAAUGAUCGAUCCUAGAUCGGCUACUCCGAGUAGUGCCGGGCCCGAGACGGCUGCGCAGGCCUCUGCAACUUGCUCCGCCUUGUUUGAA